AUGACUAGGGCGACCCCUUGCUUUAUAUCGGUACUGUUGUUAAUGGUGGGUCGAACUUCUUUAUCGGAUUCAAAUUUGCCUGAAUUAGACCAGAUUAAAUCGGGAUUUGAUGGGGUUCAAAUGGUUGACGGCACUCAAUUAUCACCGUUUGAUGAAUCGAAGUUUCGAAUAUUCGAUUUAAGUGAAAUUGGUGAUAGUUAUACAUUAUAUACAAAUGAUGGAUUAAAACAAUCGUUUGAUGUACCAGUCAUGACACAAGUAACCAGUAUUAAAACGAGAAGAGAUAAUUUUUGUCAAGCUGUUUGUUAUACGUUUGAUCAAUUCUAUAAAAGGGUGCGUAAAAAUGUUUUUUCAGGGGGUAACGCUAUGAUUGCGAAUAGGGUAAGUAAUGAAUUUUAUACCAGAUAAAAGUCCGUCGAAAACGGGAUUUAUUGAUGCUAAAUAGUAAGUUUUA